AUGUCGACUAAAAGAAACCUUCAAGAGGUUGUGAAUUCAAACGCGACUAAAGCACAAAACAAGAGACCAAGAUGGCCAAAAGGCGUCUCGCACGAAAGACAAAGUUCCGUCGAAUGGGAAUUACUUUUUACUAGUUUCCCGUCAACAAAUUCACCAAACAACCCGGACGAUGAUAUGUCUCCGUGCACAAGGUUAUGCGUAGAAGAA